CUGAUUCGCAUUAGCGGUGAAUCCGAUCGUGAUACACGAAAAAAUGCGAGACGAAAAAAAGUCGGACGAAAAUCUGCGGACGAAAAAUUGUCCGACGAAAAUCUGCUGGACGAAAAACCGUCAUGGAAUCGUGGGAUUGCAGUGGUUGGAUUGGGGUUGAUGUGUGUAGUCAAGUGUGUAGUUGUCUUUCGUCGUUGAAAGGUGGAGGAUAUCUUCAGAUUUUGGAGCAGUUUCAGGAAGUAAGCAGGGACGCAAAUAAGAUGGCUUCUUUAUCAGCCUGGGGGUCUGUGAAGCAUGCUGUGACAUCUCUGGAUGAUGUCAUGUCAGAGCAGCUUGCUAUGGAUCUACAAAAGAAGGAGGACGAGCUGGCGCGCGCGACCGGCGGCUGGGAGCCGGUCGGCGGCGCGUGUGCCGCGGAGGAGCCACUGACCGCCGCCGAGCAGUCGGACGUCAGCAGUGACCUGCUGCUGGCGCAGCUGAUGCAGGAUCAGCUGGACCGCGAGUCGGAUACGCUGCUGCAAAUCGAGGAGCGCAAGGCCAACGGCGGCUCUAAAGUGAGUGUCAGCUACCGGAACUACCGUCUGUCGCACUCGUACCCCGUUCUGGAGCCCGAUGAAGAGGAGGAGGACUACCCAGACGACUACGACGCCAGCCGCGAUUGGGAUUCGUUCGAGAGCCGGGAGCGAGAGGACCCGCAGAUACCCCGGUGUGGCUACACGAUGCACAAGGAGAAAAUGGUGACCAAGCACGAUGGACGUAUCGCCGGCCGUAAGAAUGCCUGCAAGGUAAUGGAUCUGCCGCCUUCAGUCUGCACUGGCGACGGAGGCAGCUUCGACAUGGAGAUCAACAACGGGGUUCUCAAUGGUCUCCGUCAGCACGCGCGCAACGUGGCACAGCGGCGUCACCGCGUGAAUGACAAGGAGGACCGAUCGACGUCCGGAGCGCUGGACCGGCACACUCGCCUCAUGAUCCUGAAGAUGGUCAACAGCGGCGUGCUGGAGGACGUGAACGGCGCCAUCAGCACCGGCAAGGAGGCCACCGUGUUCCACGCCUGGGGCGGCAGCAUGGAGAACGAAGCCGAAGACAUUCGCCAGGUGGAGAUUCCUGACGAAUGUGCCAUCAAGGUUUUCAAAACGACUCUCAACGAGUUCAAAACCAGAGAGAAGUACAUCAAGUCUGACAUACGCUUCAAAGACAAGAUAUCGAAGCAGAAUCCGCGUAAGAUGGUUCACCUAUGGGCGGAGAAGGAGAUGUGUAAUCUGAAGCGGCUAACCAACGCCGGCAUCCGCUGUCCGCUGCCUCUGGUGCUCAAACAGCACGUGCUGCUCAUGUCUUUCAUCGGAGAUCGGCAGCGGCCGGCGCCUAAGCUCAAGGACGUCCUGCUCAGCGAGAAACAGUGGCGCCAGGCGUACCGGCAGGUGCUGGAGAUGACCCAGACCAUGUACGAGAAGUGUCAUCUGGUGCACGCCGAUUUGUCCGAGUACAACAUCCUGUACCACGACGGCGCCUGCUGGUUCAUCGACGUCAGCCAGAGCGUGGAGCCGUUCCACCCGGAGGCGCUGACCUUCCUCUACCGCGACUGCGUCAACAUCACCAAUUUUUUCAGUGGCAAGGGCGUGGCGACGCUCAGUCCCGAGGAACUCUUCAGUCACAUCAGCGGUCUGCCGCUCACAGAUCAGUCGGAUAUCAGUCUCCAGCUGGCGGAGCUGGAGAAGUCGGAGCAGCCGCGGCGGCGCGGCCAGCACCGCGCUCAGGAGGCGGCCCUGUUCCUGGAGGGUGACGACGACGGAGUGGACAUCCCGGUGGCCACCAGCUGAUCGCCGGCCCCCGGGACCGCAUAGCAGACCGGCGACAGGCGCAACAAGUCGAGGGUUUUGGAAGACAUGUAUCAAUAUUGUCUAAUUGAUAUUGAUGUUUUUACCUGACCACAAACACGAUAAUGAUUUCGGUAAAUGAAUCGGCGCUGCAGACAGAUGUGCAGACAGAUUAACGAAAGUGUUUUACUUGUAUAUUCGAUGUAUAAAUUGGACGCGUUCAUUUGAAAAAUAGCUCCCUGUAUCUCCCGGCAACAGAUCAACAGAUGUCCACUUCGGCAGCGUACCGUCGUGGGUAUACAAGGGGUGGUUCGGUGAUAAUGCGUUCAGUGUUGCGGGAGCGCGUGCUGUUUAAGAUGUCCAUGCAGCAGCUGGGAACUCUACUCUACCAGUAAUUGUGAAAGACGCUGAAAAACAAUAGGAAAUAAAAUAUAAUUUGUAUAUCAAUA